CACGUAUUCACAUGCAGGAGGGUAGAGGGGGAAAGAGGAGGUGGCUGAAGGCCCCGUACACACCGGAGAAUACAGAGUGGCAUCGGAACCCUGGAUUAACCCUGUGUUAGGAAGAGCGCGGGCAAGUAUCCGCGUGCUCCCUACGGGGCAGCAUGAAGGUGACAGUGAGCUUCGGGAGGACCCGGGUGGUGGUGCCCUGCGGGGAUGGCAACUUGAAAGUUUCCAGUCUCAUCCAGCAAGCGGUAACCAGGUAUAGGAAGGCCAUAGGCAAGGACCCUGGUUACUGGAUACAAGUUCAUCGCUUGGAGCACGGGGACGGUGGAAUAUUGGAUCUUGAUGAUAUUCUCUGUGAUGUGGCAGAUGACAAAGACAGAAUUGUAGCAAUCUAUGAGGAACAAGAUCCACAUCAUGGUGGAGAUGGCACCAGUGCAAGUUCUACCGGUACUCAAAGCCCUGAAAUAUUUGGUAGUGAGCUUGGAAACAAUAGUAUGUCAGCCUUCCACCCAUAUCAAGCAACAAGUGAGAUUGAGGUUACGCCGUCAGUCCUGCGAACAAACAUGCCACUUCAUGUGCGACGUAGCAGUGAUCCUGCAUUGGUUGGGAUUACAACCUCUGUUAGCGAUUCCAAUUUUUCUUCAGAGGAGCCAUCGCGUAAAAACCCCACCAGAUGGUCAACAGCAGCAGGCUACCGCCAGAAGAAUUCUGGAGGCCCCAGUGCCAGUGAGAGAAAGAAAGAUGAGAACUACAGAAGUCUCCCCAGGGAUACCAAUAACUGGUCUAAAGACUUUCAGAGAGAUAAUGCCCGUUCUUCACUGAGUGCCAGUCACCCACUGGUGGAUAAGUGGCUAGAAAGGCAAGAGCAGGAUGAAGAUGAUGCAGAAGAAAACAGUCGGGUGGAACCUGUUGGGCAUGCAGACACUAGCUUAGAGCGAACGUCAAGCUUCUCAUUAGAUGACAUGGUGAAACUUGUCGAAGUCUCCAACGAAGGAGGUCCUCUGGGGAUCCAUGUAGUGCCUUACAGUUCCCAAGGUGGAAGAACCCUGGGAUUAUUAGUGAGACGGCUGGAGAAAGGUGGUAAAGCUGAACGAGAAAAUCUCUUCCAUGUAAAUGAUUGUAUUGUCCGAAUAAACAAUGGUGACCUUCGCAACAGGAGAUUUGAACAAGCACAACAUAUGUUCCGUCAAGCCAUGCGCUCACCCAUGAUUUGGUUCCAUGUGGUCCCAGCAUCUAACAAAGAACCUUAUGAACAACUAUCCCAAAGUGAGAACAGCAGCUACUGCUCCAACCAAGUUAUCCAUGAUUCUCCGUAUGUAGAAAAUAGAAGUUUUCAUAGUCCAGGCCCUGAACAGACAUUACAAAGAAUUCCUCGACAGGGCAGUCAGAGUGAGCCCAUGGACUCUUAUUCACAUCUACCUCAUAACAAUAAUUCAGCAGGAAAACCACCAACAGGCCUCACACCAUCUCUGCAACGUGUAGUUACCGCCUCUCCAAAUAGUGCUUAUAAUACAAAGAAAGGAAAGAAGAUGCUUAUUCCGUUAAAGAAAGGUGCAGAAGGACUGGGGUUUAGCAUAACAUCAAGAGAUGUUCCACUUGGCGGGUCGGCUCCCAUUUAUGUCAAGAACAUACUUCCCAGAGGAGCCGCUAUUUAUGAUGGGCGAUUGAAAGCUGGUGACAGACUCUUAGAGGUGAAUGGUGUAGAUUUAACUGGGAAAACUCAAGAGGAAGUAGUUUCGUUAUUAAGAAGCACAAAGAUGGGAGGGUCUGUGAAUCUGCUGGUCUUACGUCAAGAUGAUGAGUUCCAUCCGAGAGAGUUGAAUUCUGAGCCAAGUCAGGUACCAAACGCAAGAGAAUCGAAAACAGAGGAGGAUGAUCUUGUUUUGACUCCUGACGGGACCCGAGAGUUUUUGACAUUUGAGAUCCCAUUGAAUGAUUCUGGCUCAGCUGGUCUGGGUGUUAGUGUAAAAGGGAACCGCUCAAAAGAAAACCAUGCUGACCUUGGUAUCUUUGUCAAAUCCAUUAUUAACGGUGGCGCAGCCUCAAAAGAUGGGAGGCUCAGGGUUAAUGAUCAGCUGGUAGCGGUCAACGGAGAGUCACUUUUGGGCAAAACUAACCAAGAUGCCAUGGAAACUCUGCGCAAAUCUAUGUCAACUGAAGGGAAUAAAAGAGGAAUGAUACAGUUAAUUGUUGCACGACGGAUCAAGCUCAAUGAGUUGGAGUCACCUGGUAGCCCCUCUGGGCCUGAAUUGCCUAUUGAGACUUCACUGGACGACAGGGAACGAAGAAUUUCCCAUUCUCUGUAUAGUGCUAUUGAGGGGUUUGACGAAUCGCCCACAAGGAACGCUGCAUUAAGUAGGAUAAUGGGUAAAUAUCAGCUCUCUCCUACGGUGAAUAUGCCUCAAGAUGACACUGUGAUCAUUGAAGAUGACCGAGCCCCUGUUCUGCCUCCCCAGCUUUCUGACCAAUCAUCUUCCAGCUCACAUGAUGAUGUUGGAUGCAUUACAGACUCUGCUGGAACAUGGUCUAAGCCCGUAGCUAGUGAAUCUACUGAAAGCACUUUGAGUCCAGAUGUUGAUCCAUCGCUUGCUUUCCAAAGAGAAGGAUUUGGACGCCAAAGCAUGUCAGAAAAACGUACAAAGCAAUUUGGAGACGCCAGCCAAAUAGAUUUUGUGAAAACCAGAAAAUCCAAAAGCAUGGACUUAGUAGCUGACGAGGCUAGGAUCAGUGCAAUGGCUGACCAGAAUUCAGGUUCCCCAAGCAGAGAUGUAGGGCCUUCAUUAGGCCUAAAGAAAUCCAGCUCAUUAGAAAGUCUGCAGACAGCCGUUGCAGAGGUGACUUUGAACGGUGACAUUCCUUUCCAUCGCCCACGCCCGAGGAUUAUCAGAGGACGGGGAUGCAAUGAGAGCUUCAGAGCUGCUAUUGACAAGUCCUAUGAUAAGCCACCUGCUGAUGAAGAUGACGAAGGCAUGGAAACAUUGGAAGAAGACACAGAAGAGAGUUCCAGAUCAGGACGUGAAUCUGUCUCUACUUCUAGUGACCAGCCCUCUCACUCGUUGGAGAGGCAGGUGAAUGGCCAGGAGAAAGGUGACCGGAGAAAAGACAAAAGUGGAAAGGAAAAGAAAAAAGACAGAGACAGAGAUAAAGAUAAAAACAAGACAAAGAAAGGAGUGCUGAAAGGUCUCGGAGACAUGUUCAGGUUGUGUUUAUUGGUCUCUCUGUUAUCUGACUUCGGGAUAAAAGUUGGAGUUACCAGGUUUGGCAAACAUCGAAAAGAUGACAAGAUUGAACACAGGGGAUCUUGGAAAAUGAAAAUGCAAGAAGCCCACCCUUCAGAAGAUGAGCGAAUGCGAAUGAGGCAAGAACAGGAGAGGAUUCAAGCAAAGACCAGAGAGCUUCGAGAAAGACAAGCCAGAGAAAAGGACUAUGCAGAAAUUCAGGACUACGCAAAGACCUAUGGUGCAUUUGAUGAUCCUGCAUAUGCGGGUACUGACUCAUAUAGCACCCUUCCUAGUAGUAGCUCAUUAAGCAUGAACAGCAGACCUCAAAGUCCAAGAGAUGGAAAGCAAAUGGAAGCGGUAUAUGCGCAAGUAAAAAAGCCAAGGAACGCCAAGCCUCUACCUGUAGACAGUAAUAGAUCAACUCCAAGCAAUCAUGACCGGAUACAGCGUCUGCGACAAGAGUUUCAGCAAGCCAGACAUGAAGAUGAUGUAGAUGAACGAAGACGUACAUAUAGUUUUGAGCAGCCUUGGCCAAACACCACAACAUAUAAUCAGAGUGGACGACAUUCUGUAUCUGUUGAAGUUCAGGUGCAGCGACAACGGCAGGAGGAAAGAGAGAGUUUCCAGCAAGCACAACGCCAGUACAGUUCAUUACCCAGGCAAAGUAGGAAAAAUCCUAGUUCUGUCUCUCAAGACUCUUGGGAACAAGCUUACCCUCCUGGAGAAGGAUUUCAGAGCGCUAAGGACAACCCAAGAUAUUCUAGCUAUCAAGGAUCAAGAAAUGGGUACAUGGGUGGGCACGGGUAUAAUGCCAGGGUAAUGAUGGAAGCACAAGAAUUACUACGACAGGAGCAGAGGCGGAAAGAACAGCAACUUAAAAAAAAGGUGUCCUCUGAAGGAUCCAAUAAUUAUGACUUGCACAAGAAAGUUUCAGAUCCUAACUAUGCUCAGCCAAAAGGUCCUUUCAGGCAGGAUGUGCCGCCAUCACCAUCUCAGGUAGUUCGGCUGAACAGAUUACCCCAACAAGAACAAGGAAGACCGUUUUAUUCCUGAGGGACAAGAUAAAAAAAAAUAAAACACUGCAAUAAACAUUAUUUUCAAACUAGACCUUAUUUUUAAAAUGGACGGUACUAUGGUGCAUAUCGUGUCUGCUUCAGUGCCUUUAUAAAUAUGGGCAAAGCAAGAGUGGACUUAAUAUUGCCUUUGUCCUUUAAGUCUGAAGUGUUCUUUUCAUGGAAGGAUUUUUCACAAGAAGACAAUCACUGAUGAUAUUAACUAUAUAUCCAUUAUUCAUGAAAUUUCAAAUGGUCUUGAAAUGCUUUGCUAAGUUUUACUUAAUACAUAAUUUACACAUGAUGUAUAGUGAAAAAGUAAUUUGGGAUUUCUUCACAUUAUUUUUUUAAUCUAUAUAUAUAUAUAUAUAUAUAUCUUCAUUUUUUUUUUAUUUAAGUAUUAUUUCAACAUUUAACAGUCGAUAAUAGGUGAUUUAAUCAGUUACAUCUCGUUUGUGUAUAUUUUUUGUGUGUAUACAUUUGUAUUUGAAAAGCUGUUUAUCUUAUUUUUUACAGAACCGAAAAGAGGAAAAAAAAAAUGUUUCAGGCUUUUUAUGGUUUCCUUUCAUCUCAAAGAAUGUGUAUAAAAUGACAUUUAUGAUGUGUCCAUGUUCUUUUAAAAUUGUAGUGUUGGAAAUCCCAUAUUACUGUAUUUCUGUUAUGAUCUUUGUUGAGAAUGUGUUUUGACAUGGAAAUUUCUACAUAUUUUCCAAAUUAUUAUUAUUAUUUUUUAAUCAAGGUUGAUUGAGAGGGAAAGGUUUCAUCAAGGACAAAGGGAAAAAAAAAGACUUGCAUCACUGUACAAAAAUUGUAAUGUAAACAUUUUCAAAAUAUUUUGUAUCAUCAUGCCUCGUGCUUCCAUGCGAUGCGUUUUUUUUCUGUUUUAAUAAGAAGCGGACAAUGUAAAAAAUAAAAGAAUGGGAACUGUUACACAGUGUUAGUAAUCAUGCCAGAUUGAUUAAGCUAUAUUUAAAGCACCAGGUUAUGUUUAGGGAUGCAGUGACAUUUCCUGUCCUACAAUAACACUAAUAAAACAUUUUUUUAAAGUUAUAAAUAGGUUUCAUAAUAACCCCUUAGCUGCCAUACAGGGUCGCUUCAAAAUGCAUAGUGCUACUUUACACCUAAUGUUUCAAAACUGCCCUUAACUUUAGUCAGAUCUUCAAUUCAACAUGCUUGCGUAAAAGUGGUAAACUACAAGAAAAGGAUUUAAUAUAAAUACAUUAUAGAAGGUUAGGAGAGGGAAAAUAAUGUAUCUUCUUCAUAUGUCCUCUUGAAUCCUCACCAGCAAAUCAGAUGAUCAAAUUAUCCUGCUGAUUGGUCACCCAUUAACACUAAGGAACACCGCAGGCUUAACUUACUUUUCUACUUAGUCCAACACAUGCCCUUUGGUGCACUGCCCAGUAUAAUAUAUAUAUGUGUGUAUAUGUAUGUGUGUGUAUAUAUAUAUAUAUAUAUAUAUAUAUAUAUAUAUAUAUAUAUAUAUAUAUAUAUAUAUAUAUAUAUAUAUAUAUAAUGUUCCUAGUUUUGUAAAAAAAAGUUAUCUAUUUCCUAGAAAGCUUGCAGUACCUUUUCAGCCAAUCCCCUUUCAACCACAUUGACAUAAUUGUUACAGGUUGUUUGUCCGACACAAACACUAUACUUUAGUAAUAGUUUGGGAGAGUGAAGCAAAUUGAGAGUGGGCGACCAGUGUCUUGUCUAAAGACAAGGGAUAACAGAUCGUAAUUAAAGGGAUACUAAACCCACAUUGGGUUUAGUAUCCCUUUAAGAGGGUGAUACUUAUUGUAGAAGCUGAUCAAGAGUGAAUGUUAAAUAAUCUAAAAAGCUAUGAAAUUUAAUAAGAAUUCUAGAACUAAAGCUCACUGACUGCGAUAUGUUAGGAUAUAUUUAGUAGGUAUCCUGUAAAAUUAAAGGGACAUUAAACUGCAGAGUACAAUUAUAGUUACACGGUUACUACUUAACUUGCAGCUCCCUUCAAAGCUUUUCUUUUAUUCUAAACCAUUACAGAAGUCGGCUGGUAAAUCUCUGCUCUUUAUACUGGGUGCCCUCCUCCUAGGAACGCAAGAAUACUUCAACUCCAAGAUGGCGAUUCCCAGAGCUUCACUAACCAGCACUUGUAAAGGGUAAAAAUAAGAGUACGGCUCUGUAAAGAGCUGUGGGCACCAGAUACAAAAUCAUCAGCAUGGUCAGUAGUAGCCAUGCUAUGUACUGCAGUUGUACUCAUCGGUUUUAUGUCCCGUUAAUAUAUAUUUUCUUACAUGUUUUUCUGUCUAAAACUACCUGUUUAAAAUAUAGCAUUUAAAUUACUUCUAGAUCUAGCACUUAAAGUUUACAUCGGAAACCGAGAAUCCCUAACAAACAAAUAUCUUCUAGAGUCCAACAGCACUAAAUGCAAAUCUUUAUUUUAAACAAAAAUGGGUCUAAGAAAAUUUGCCGCAUUUUAACCCUUCCAAAACAAACUAUUUUAUAAAUAAAGGUGUUGCAUUUAAGUGCUAUUGGACUUGGUACUUACUAUAUGAGUAAAAUGACUAACUGCCGGCCUUUGACUCUAAUCUCAGAGUCCCAAACAUAUCGUUUUAACCACUCGGUUGCUACACCUUGCUUCUCAGCUAUUUCUGACAAAGGGUUAAAACAUCCUUGUUAUAAAGAAAUUGCAAUGCUGUAAUUGUCUUCUAAAUAAUAUUGUUCAUGUUUGUGUUUAACAGGGCAUUAACAAUCCGCAAAACGCCAGAAGUAUAUGUGCAAUAUAGCUGCAUUUAAAAACAUGUCCAUUUUCAGACUCAAUACCCACUCAUGAUUUGGUGCAUUUAAAAUCUAAUUUUACGGCAAACUUUUAAGUUAUCUCAAAAUCUGUUACAAUAGCUGGCUCUGUGUUUUGUAUUGUGAGCUGCAUGAUAUGCGAGAUGUAGCUUUGAUUAAUAAAAGUGCCUAUGAAUUAUUUUCUCACAACGAAAACUUGAGAUUGGUUGACAAUUUGUGUAAAAGGAAAGGAGAGAAAAGCAACAAAAUGAUGUAUCUUGAUUAUAAAAAAUUGUUUGAGUUUUACUGGCACAUUAAUUUUCACAUUAUUUUUUUAUAACAAUUGUAAAAUCUUGAGCACAUAUAUCUGUCUUUUUAGAUGCCUUUGUUGUUAAUGUACUACAGUGUUUAUGUUUAAGCACAUUGACUUUGGAUGACCAUAGCUCUUUUUAAGAAAAGAAAAAAAGGACAAAAAAAAUUCUGCCUUAUAACUGUAUAUAAAUCAUUAAAAUAAAUUUCAGUUCUUAAAUUAA